AUGUCACGCCAACCAGCCUCUAAGGCUCCUCCGCCGAGGAACUUCACCCAGCUUCGUCCUGUCGCGUACGACAUCGGCAUAUCGUGCUCGGCUGCAGGCUCAUGCUACGUCACCCUCGGCGAUACUAAGGUGAAGUGCUGCGUGAACGCGCCGCGCCCGUGCAACAAGCGCCUUUUCGACGAGGUCGGGCUGUUGAACAUCGAGGUGCGCUUCAGCCGCCCGGAUAUGCGCCCAAGCUGCUCUUUCGAUCUGGCUUCCGUGCUGACCGAUGUGUUUGAGCGCCAUCUGCUGCUGCGUCGUUAUCCGCACCAGCUGAUCGACGCCUGGAUCACCAUUGAGGAGGAUGCCGGCGGGCUGUUCUCCGCCUGCAUCACAGGCCUCUGCCUAGCGUUCGCCGAUUGCGGCAUACAUAUGCCGGACUUGGUAUCGGCAGCUUCCGCGUACGCCUUCCGCGACCCUAAAGGCAAUCUGACACUGGCUUUGGAUCUAAGUGAUAAGGAGUCAUCGUACUUCGAGCAGACAGAUCCCGGGCUCACAAGUGUGCACCUGGCAUACUGCCCGAACAUGAACACCAUAGCGUGUCUGCUUCAAUCGGGGGAGCACACGGAUUCUGCACUGCUCGAUAAGCUGCUGACGACGACGCAAGCCGCCUGUGGCGUAGUCGCCGGAGAGAUGACCGUGUCGCUGCAGGACUACGUGGAGUGGACUCAGGAGCGUGACCACGACGCGGUUCCGGCCGUCGGCCACUACUCGGAGCUUACGCCGUAG